UGCUGUCGCUGACCGCUGUUGUGGCCACAUGCUGCCUCGUGCUUGCCUCCUCAGCCACUGCCAUCGCGCUGCCUCCUGUUACAUCAAGCCGCCAUCGCUGCUGCUGCUGCCGUCGUUGUGGACGCCACUGAGAAGCAUCAGGAGUGAGACAAGCACGCAAGAGCACAAGGACUCUUCAACAAACAACAGAAUGCCUCGCAACUUCAAGAAGGGCAAGGGCCGCAAGGCUGGCUGGGAUCGCAGGCCAAAGACGGAUUACAAGGACGUCCAGAAGGAUAACGAUCGCUUCGAGACCUACUACCGGGUGCAGAAGAUUGUCCCAGAUGAGGAGUGGUCAGACUUUAUGACGGCACUGCGAUCGCCGCUGCCCACCACCUUCCGCAUCACAGGCACACGAGAGUCUGCGGUGGAGGUGCGCCGCCAGUUUGAGGACCACUACUUCAGCCACCUCAACACCGUCACCUUCAGCAAUGGCGAGAGCGUGGAGCCGCCAAAGCCCAUCCGCUGGUACCCGGAGCGCCUCGCAUGGCACCUGCAGGCGCCGCGCCAGUUUAUCCGCAAGAGCAAAGAGCUGAAGAAGUUCCACACGUUUCUUGUGCAGCAGAACGAGCAAGGCAACAUCAGCCGGCAAGAGGCCGUGAGCAUGAUCCCGCCGUUUCUGCUGGACGUCAAGCCGCACCAUAAGGUGCUGGACAUGUGUGCGGCGCCAGGAUCAAAGACUGCGCAGCUCAUCGAGAUGAUCCACGCAGAGGGGAACAGCAUGCCAGAGGGCCUCGUCGUUGCCAACGACGCCGACAACAAGCGCUGCUACAUGCUCGUCCACCAGACCAAGCGCCUUCAGAGCCCCUGCUUCAUGAUCACCAACCACGACGCCAGCAUCUUCCCGUCUCUCUACACCACAGCUGCGGACGGGACGAAGCAGCGGCUGUACUUUGAUCGGGUGCUGGCGGAUGUGCCCUGCUCUGGCGACGGCACCCUGAGGAAGAACGUCACCAUCUGGCGCUCAUGGAACCCCAUGAACGCAAUCGGGCUGCACCCGCUGCAGUCGCGUAUCCUCGAGCGCGGCCUGCAGCUGCUUGCUGUCGACGGGCUCAUUGUGUACAGCACGUGCUCCCUCAACCCGAUCGAGAAUGAAGCCGUCGUCGCACACAUGCUGCGCAAGCACAAGGGGUCGGUUGAACUUGUGGACGUGAGCUCGCAGCUGCCGCGCCUCCGACGCAGCCCCGGCCUCAAGACCUGGACCAUCAUGGACCGCAGCCAGAACGUGUACGCGUCGCCAGAGGACUGCAAGGACAACUCCAAGAUCCACACGACCAUGUUCCCGCCAAGCAAGGACGAGCUGGAGUGGAUGCGGCUUGAGCGCUGCUGCCGUCUUCUCCCCCACCACCAGGACACAGGUGGGUUCUUCGUUGCUGUGCUCCGCAAGACAGCGCCACUGUCUCAGCGCGAAUCGAAGGACAUUGCGCAGUCUGCAGAAGCAGCCAGUACGACCACUACCACUGCCAACGCAAGCGCUGCUGACGCCGGCGACGCUGAUGGCGACGAGACCGUUAUUCGCCCAUCGGAUCCCGUGCAGAGGUCUGGCCAGCGGCUGUUCAACGAGGACCCGUAUGUGUUUCUCGUGGACGAGCCGGAGAAGAAGAACAUUCUCGACGGAAUCCUCGACUUCUACGGCUUUGGCCCAAAUUUCCCAAAAGAGCUGAUGCUGACGCGCAGUCAUGGCGGGAAGAAACGCAACGUGUACAUUGUCUCUCCGCUCAUCAAGAGCAUCGUCGCAAACAACAUCGACGACGGCCUGCGCGUCACCAACACGGGUGUGCGCGUGUUCACGCGUUCGGACUCGAAGCAAGAGGGCUUGGUGUUCCGCAUGUGCCAAGAAGGCAUCGACGUGACCAUGCCGUUUAUGCAGAAGCGUGUUGUGCACGCCACGGCGGAGGAUGUGCUUGCCAUCUUGCACGAGGACACGCCAUUCAUCGACACGCUCUCUUCCGCUACAGAGAAGGCUUUCAACGAACUCAGCGAGGGUGCGUGUGCGAUUGUGGUGGAGAAGGGCUCGCCCUCCGUUGAGAAGACUGAGGACGGCCGCGGAUUCCGCCCCCUUCCAUGCACCGUCCGCAUGGUUGGCUGGCGUGGGCGCAAGACAAUCCGCUGUCUCGUUGGAAAGCACGAGCGCCUGCACUACAAACUGCUUGUCGGCGCCCCGCCCGUCCUCGCUGAGGCCGACGGCAAGAAGCGCUACGACAACAAGGGCAGCAGCAGCAGCAGCAGCAGCAGCAGCAGUGCAAAGCGCGCCGCAGAGCCAGAGCAGCAGCAGCAGGAGACGGGGGGUGACGACGGCGAGGAGCAACCCCGCAAGCGCGCACGCGCUGGGGACGAUGAGGGCCCAUCUGUGUGGACGACAAUCAAGUCCUGGUUUGGUUUCUGA